AUGGUUCAUUUCUUCGCUAUCCAGAUCAUAUUAUUUGAGGUCAUAUUUGAAGAUAAAAAAAUCUAUCUAUCUAUAUAUAUAUAUAUAUCUGUUCGUUAUCUAUCUAUCUAUUUCCUUCUGUUCAUUACCGAUCUUUCUCGGUGUUAUCUAUCUAUCUAUCUAUCUAUCUAUCUAUCUAAGCCGAUUCAUAUCUAUCUAUCUAUCUAUCUAUCUAUCUAUCUAUCUAUCUAUCUAUCUUAUCUAGCCAUCAAAUUAUCUAUCUAUCUAUCUAUCUAUCUAUCUAUCUAUCUAUCUAUCUAUCUAUCUAUCUCAGUCUGUUCAUUAUCUAUCAGUUUGUUCAUUAUCUAUCUCAUUUAUUUCUUUCGUUCUCCCGUCUUUAAUAUUUUCUUUCUUUUUUCGUUCUUUUUCCUAUCUUUCAUUCUUUUUUUCUUUCCUUCUUUCUUUCUCUCUCCUAUUUUUACAUUUUUUUCCUUCUUUCUCCUAUUUUUAUUAUUUUUCUUUCUUUUUCCUUUAUUUCUUUCCUUCUUUCUCUCAACUAUUUUUAUUAUUUUUCUUUCUUUUUUCCUUCUUUCUUUCUCCUAUUUUUACUAUGUUUUCUUUCUUUUUUCUUACGUUCUCCUAUUUUUACUUUCUUUCUCUCUCCUAUUCUUUCUUUCUUUCUUUCUUUCUUUCUUUCUUUCUUUCUUUCUUUCUUUCAUCCUUUCUCUUUCCUAUUCUUUCUUUCAUUCAUUCUUUCUCUCUCCUAUUCCUUCUUUCUUUCGUUAUUUCUCUCUUCUAUUCUUUCUUUCAUUCUUUCUCUCUCCUAAUCUUUCUUUCUUUCAUUCUUUCUCUCUCCUAAUCUUUCUUUCUUUUUCUCUCUUAUUCUUUCAUUCUUUCCUUCUCCUAUUUUUAAUUUCUUUCUCUGUCCUAUUCUUUCUUUCUUUCUUUCUCCUAUUCUUUCAUUCAUUCUUUCUCUCUCUUAUUUCUUCUUUCUUUCGUUCUUUCUCUCUCCUGUUCUUUCUUUCUUUCUCUCUCCUAUUCUUUCUUUCAUUCUUUCCGCCUUCUAUUUUUACUUCCUCUCUCUCUCCUAUUCUUUCUUUCUUUCUUUCUUUCUUUCUUUCUUUCUUUCUUUCUUUCUAA